CCCCACGAAUUCAAGUUUGUUCAAGAAGGCUUGGCUCUCCUGAACUAGGUUUCUUCUCUCACGUGGGCUUUCACCCUUUGGAGCUUUUACAUGGAGAUGGAUUCAGCUCAUCAGGAUCACGAUGACAAGUGCAUUGAAGAAACAACUUCUGACCAGUUACUUCAUCCGGAUUCUCCUGAUAUAAAUGAUAUAUUUGGAGAACCACUCGUGCAUCCUCGAGUGGGUUAUGAGUAUCAGGUCGAAAUUCCUCUCAUGAUCACAGAAAGUGAGCGUGAUAAGCUUUUGGUGAACCCAGCUGAUGCAGAAGUCAUUGUCGAUGUUUCCCAUUCCUUUCUAAUGGGAUUGCCCAUCCCUAUUGUGCAGGUUCUGGAUGAAGUAACUAACAUUAAAGAUGGAGGGAUUGGGUUUAAUAAUUCUGAUGAUUCAGUUAAUAAAAAUGGGCCCUUGGAAUCUAAAAACAGAAAAAGAAGCCAGAUUAAUUCAAAUAAGAAAGGUUCAAAACUCAAAGUUGAAUCUUUGGAUGUUAUGUUGAACCCUGGAAAGGAAUCAACAGCAACAAGCCCUGACUCCAAGGUGAUGGGAAGCACUGACCUGGAUCAAAUGCAUGGAAGCAAAAGUUACCUUACAGUUCCUGGUUCAUUAGGUGACUCUUGGAGUGAUAUUGAAGUGGAUAGUUUUAUCCUCGGUUUAUAUAUAUUUGGAAAGAAUCUUAUUCAGGUAAAAAGAUUCAUUGAGAGCAAAGGGAUGGGAGAUAUACUGUCCUUUUAUUAUGGGAAGUUCUAUAGAUCUGAUGGAUACCGUAGAUGGUCAGAUUGUCGGAAGAUGCGACGUAGGAAGUGUAUACAUGGGCAGAAGAUUUUUACAGGAUGGAGACAGCAGGAAUUGUUAUCUCGUUUGCUUCCCCAGGUCUCACAGGAAUGCCAAAAUACACUGCUGGAGGUCUCUAAGAGUUUUGCAGAGGGGAGAACUUCAUUAGCAGAAUAUGUCUCCAGUUUAAAAAUUACCGUUGGCAUCUGCAAUCUCAUUGAAGCAGUAGGUGUUGGUAAGGGGAAGGAUGGUCUUACAGGCAUUGUGAUGGAGCCUAUAAAGAUCCAUCAAUUUUUUUCUGUUCGUCCUGAAAUACCAAUUGGUAAAGCUUGCUCCUCUCUUACAUCCAGCGACAUAAUCAAGUUUCUCACAGGAGAUUUCCGUUUGAGCAAAGCUCGAUCAAAUGAUCUUUUCUGGGAAGCUGUUUGGCCCCGUUUGCUAGCAAGAGGGUGGCACUCUGAACAACCUAAGAAUGAGGGAUGUGCCAGCUCCAAACAUUCUCUAGUUUUUCUUGUUCCUGGUGUUAAGAAGUUCUCAAGAAGGAAACUUGUGAAAGGAGAUCACUACUUUGAUUCUAUUAGUGAUGUCUUGAGCAAAGUUGCAUCUGAACCAAAAAUUCUUGAACUUGAGGAUGAAGAAACUGGAGUGAGCAGCUGCAAGGAAGGAAAUGGAUGGGUCCCAGAGGCAAAGCUGGACAAUGACGAUCCAUCUGAUCAUCAACGUCAUUGUUACCUUAAACCCCGAGUUUCUACAUGCAAUCUGAAUCUUAUGAAGUUUACUGUUGUAGAUACCAGUUUGGCUUGUGGAGAAAAAUCAUCCAAAGUGAGAGAACUAAGAAGUUUGCCAGUUGAGAGUCUUGAGACUAUAAAUAAUACCAACCUGACUAGCUCCAGAGUAACUGGGGGGGAUUCCUCCGAGGAUUCACAAGAUGAGUCAGACUCUGCUGAUAUGUCAUUGAAUGGUCAAAAGAAUACUACUAAUUCCAACCACGCCAAGGCCAUAUCUCAUAGUAGUAGUUUGACCCAAAGGGUGUCAACUAAUAGUCCUGAUGCUGCGAAGAAACUAGUGGAAAAUAACCAGGAUCAGAACACCAAUACAUCUGAUGACAAGCAUUUGCGGAGAAAUAUAAAGCACCAAUUUAGUCGGAGAACGAAAUCUGGUCAUUCAAACUAUUUAGCCCCCCUCAUUAAAAGGCGGAGAUUGACUGCUUGUGCUAAGGCAGAGACAAGUCGAGCGGAAAGUUUGUCGGUCGGUCCUCUGUCAAAACAAGAAAAAUCACAUUGCAUGUUGGGCUCAUCAGAGGCAAGUAAGAAUGAUGUUCUCAAGAAGGUCCUUCUCCUCGGGAGAAGGCAUCAUCUAUUAGUUCUUCAGAUGGAGGCAGCCCAGAAGACGAGACAGUCAUUCUCGGUGGGACUUCUGUUGGUCGCUUCAACUGCCAAUGGCUCAUGCUGUUCUUCUGAUAGAAACAUACUUAUGGAAGAUUCCAAGGCACUGAGAACCUCUGUCAAUGCUGGUAGUGCAGAGGAGCAGCCUAUCAUGAAACCCCAGAGGCAAAGCACAAGAAAUCGACCAUUAACCACUAAAGCAUUGGAAGCUCUUGCCAGUGGAUUCUUAAACACUAGACGCAAGAGAAAAGGCACAGAAGUUCAAGCAGAAGAAAACCCAAUCUUGAGGCCUUCCCGCAGGGCCCGCAGCAGAGUUACAGGAACUCCAAAUUGUGCUAAUCCUGGCACUGGGAUGAUGGAUUCCAAGGAAGCAAAUGGGGCGGAUGGAGUUUGUAAUGAUAACACAUAUGCUUGGAAAUUCUCUUGUCCAAACUGA